GGCUACGGAAGCGUCGCCACCAUCCAGCCAUCAUGCUAGCUGAACAGUGUAACUAGCUUUGCGAACUCAUGCAGUGGCAACUCGGGUUAUGUUUUUUAGGAGUGUAGUUUCGUUAUUUUUCAUGGACACUAAAAUAUAGCAUGGAAACCACAGCUUGUGUAUGAAGGUGACUGUUUUCUCCGCCAAGAGGACCGGAUAGGGCAGCUGUCUCGGUUAACUAGCCUGUAAGCUAGCGCGGCCAUCACGAGCAGCACAACGGACACCGAGCCACAAGUCGGCGUUUCGACGUUGGAGAUUUCUGCCAUCAUCAUGGAGAAGGCUGAUUUCUUGAAAGGACUGCCUGUCUACAAUAAGAGCAACUUCAGCAGGUUUCAUGCAGACUCUGUGUGUAAAGCAUCUAAUCGUCGACCUUCUGUGUACCUUCCAACACGUGAAUACCCCUCUGAACAGAUUAUUGUAACAGAGAAAACCAACAUCCUCCUGCGUUACCUUCAUCAGCAGUGGGACAAAAAGAAUGCAGCAAAGAAGCGGGAACAGGAACAAGGUGAGAGCGACAGCCCAGCUCCCCCAAGGAAGAUCGCCAGGACAGACAGCCAAGAGAUGAAUGAAGACUCAUAAGUGUGUGUGCUUGUGAGAGAAUGUGUGUCUGUUUGCAUAUGCAGGGUAUAGCCAACAAAAACAAGGGAUAAUCCGACUUAAGUAAGGACUUCUGGCCGAUGUACGCUAUGGCAGGAUGCCUAUCUUGGCAUGACAUUAAGUCAUCCAUAGAGAAUUAGGGAGAUUCCCAUCAACAAAGCAGCCAUUAUGUGUAACGAUCAUGUGCAUGAAAAUUAUGUAAGCAGAAAUGUUUCUGUUAGUUUCUGAUACUGACAGAACACAGCUGUCAGAGAGGGAACACUGCAGUUGAAUGAUGUUGGCUAUUCCCUGUGUAGUUCAGUAUACAUGUAUAUGUUUGUGUGCAUGCUGAGCUGUGAGUGCGUAUUGUGUGUUGUGCUGUAUGUGUGAGGUGAGUGCACAGUUGAAAACGUGAGUAGAUUUAAGAUGAGACGGAUUUGACAGAUAAAGUCAGACACUACUCUUAAGAACAUAACUGGUACAUGACUUGUGUAGCCUUCUGUCAGCUGGAGAGUCUGUUCUGAUUUGUGUGAACAUUUUGUUACUGUUUUAAUUUUAUUAUAAAUAUUAUUGUUUAUGUAUGGCAAUGAGCUUCCUGCCAGCCACAGUGCCCACCCUCUCAGUUUCACUGCCCACUUUGCAACCACAUGGGGGCAUUGCAACAUUUCUCCACACUGUUUGAAUCAGCAGAACCAGGAAUGCACUGUGAAGAACAGCACAAAGUAGAAGCAACUCUUCCAGAAUCCCCCUUAGACGUGUGUUUAUGGUGAAUAUUCAUAUCCGCAUUCUAUUCUGGGCCUUGUGAUCAUAGGAUAAAUGUUGUGUUGGUGUGUCUGAGGAGUAUUUUUGCAUCUAGCACCACCUUCUGGCUAAUGGAGGCUGGUAAGAAUGGGAUUUUCUCUUGAGUUUUAGCUGUUCUUUAACCAAAAGAUGUAAAAGAAAUGGAGGGAAAGACAAUUUAAAAAAAUUAAAUAUUUCGACUGCAUUUUUCCAGUUGCACCAUUUGGCAACAGCACAGAUAGUGAAGAAAAAUAUCUAUAGCUAUGUUUGGAAAAGGGAAAAGAACGCAUUAUGUUGUGUGUGUAAAUAAUUACCAGUACCAGAAUUAGUUUAUCCAAUGGAGCAUCUUUGUGUCUGCCUUUUUGUAAAAUAAUACAUGCCCAUGGAUACAAUAGAAAAUGACCCUUGUGAAAGUAAGGAGGAGAGUCCCGAUGCCCAGUGGAUGUUAUCUCGCCUUGCAUGUUGAUGUUUUCACAGCUGGGUGUUAUAUUCCUGGACCAGUAAUACAACUAAAGGGGUGUUGGGUUGUGGUGUUCUCUUGCGUGACUGUGGAAGGUAUUAGCCUAGAGGCCUUACAACUUGUCAUCAUGGUUCGGACCCGUUUGCUCCCCCAGCUCAGGGUCCGGGUUAACUGUUCUGUUCGCCUUGUCUUCGUGACAGCCCUGGAUGGUUUUUGUGUGUGAGCUGGCUUAGAUGAACACAGGGGGGUUUAAAGGGGUGUUGUACUUUCAGCCAUAGAAUGCACAAUAAGCAUGCACUAAGCAAAGUGCAGUCGCCAUCCUGCCUUGUUCCUGAGAUUCAGUUUGUAUUAGUGUCAUAUACUGUGCAACACUGAAUAAAGCUUCUUUUUUUAAACGUUCUUAUCACUGCCCGGCAGAGUCACAUUGAAGCCUCCUGUCCUUUUAUCAGUCGAUGCUGCAACGUGGGUUGACAGUGUGGUCAGUCAUCUUCCUACCUACAGUGUAAAUACGCCCCGUUUUUCAAGCAUAAAACCACGUUCUGCUUCUGUUCAGAUAGACUGUUCGACGACACCCUAAGCCUUGCCCCAUCAUGUGUGUUAGAUCAGAUACAUUCUUUUUAGCUUUGCUCAAAUAAAACUGGAUUGAAACUGG